AUGGAUAGCCGCCGCCGCCGCCGCCGCCAGGACGUGCAGUCGGAAGACGACUACCUGAGUAAUCUCCCGGACGAGCUUCUCAGCCACAUCCUCUCCUUCCUCCCCACCCUCGACUCCAUCCGCACCUCUGUUCUGGCCCGCAGAUGGCGCCACGUCUGGACUUCCGUCCCGGUCAUCGACUUCUCCUACCUCCAGCUAAAACCCUUCGUCAUGAAUCGCUUCUUCGCUUCCCGCGGCGGCGAAUCUGUUUCUCGUCUUCACCUCUCCGGACUCAGCAAUAUUCAUGAUCAUGGAAUUAUCGUCGGCGGCAGGAUCAUAGCUGAACGCAGAAUAAAUCGUGGCCAUCCCGUCUAUAAAUUGCUCGAAUAUGUCAAAUCCCACGAUGCCCGACACGUGACUCUCCGCAAGUUCUCCUUCGAGUAUUGCAGCAAUAGUUUGCUCGACCUUCUGUUCGAUUGGCCAUCGCUCGCCUCACUGAAUAUGCAACUCGUCGGCUUUACGAAUCUCACAUUAUUUAAGUUUUGCAAAUUCAGAUUGAGCAAUCUCAAGACGCUUUCCCUCUCACUCGGCAAAAAUACAAUCAGUAAUGAGAUCUUAGCGAAGCUGCUCUCCGCCUGUCCUAUUUUACAAGAACUACAAUUAAAAGCAGAUUAUCCCCAGGCUCGGCACGAAUCCAUUCAAAUACAAAUUCCAAGUCUUCUCCGAUUGACUCUGAUUCCUGUCCCGUCGAAACUUCAAAUCAAUUGUGAGAAACUUGAAUAUCUAAGGCUAAAGGCCGACGCCAAUCUAAUGCACUUGCAUGUGGAAGCCCCUUCUUUGACCUCCGUUCGAUUAUACAGAUUUUGGCGUUUUGGAACAUUUGCUCAGACGAUAUGCAAUGUGACUACGGUAGCUAUAAGGGUGUCAAAUAAACGCCUUUUAGGCUUGACUCCUAUAUUCCUAGGAAAAUAUAAAGCCGUCGUCCAAGGGUUUCCCAUCUUUCACAAAUUGAUCGAGUUGAAGAUCAAAAUAUAUGUCGCAGAACAAUUCAGCUUGGACAUCGUAUUUGAUCUUCUUCGAUGCACACCGAAUUUGCAGUCGCUCAUUUUAACUGAGUAUAAAAAGCCAUCGCCAUCGCGUGAUGAGGAUUUGAGCGAGUGGGAGAAUUCAUCAUCCAGGAUUAAUGAACCCUUGGAGCAUUUAGAAAGGGUUUCGAUAAAUAUCAACAGUGAGCGAAUCCAGUCAACGUUUCUAAAGACACUGUCAGAGAUAGUUCCAGCGUGGGAUAGAGUAGUAGUCACCUGCUAA